AUGAAUAGUCCCGACGCCGGUGCCCCGGACGGGGUUAAUGGGGUCAAUGGCAACGACGCGCGCGAGCCCAUCGCCAUCAUCGGGUACGCUUGUCGCCUCUCCGGCCAGGUGUCGUCGCCCGGCGACUUAUGGGAGCUGUGCACGCGCGGCCGCAGUGGGUGGUGUCCCAUCCCCAAAGACCGCUUCGAUGCCGGCGCCUAUCACCAUCCCAAUCCCUCCAAGUCCGGCACCACAAAUCCCGUCGGCGGAUACUUUCUCGACCAGGAUGUCUCCCGAUUCGACGCCCCCUUCUUCAAUGUUACCGUCCAGGAGGCCAUCUCCAUGGACCCCCAGCAGCGACUGCUGCUCGAGACCUCCUACGAAGCUUUGGAGAGUGCAGGCAUUCCCAAAGAGUCCCUCGCCGGCCGUAAUGUCGGCGUCUUCGUCGGUGGCAACUUCGCCGAUUAUGAGCUGCGCAACCUGCGAGACAUUGAAACCACCCCUAUGUAUCAGGCCACCGGCAAUGCGCCUUCCCUCCAGUCCAACCGUAUCUCCUACUUCUUCGAUCUCUCCGGUCCGAGUUUAACCGUCGACACGGCCUGCUCGUCGUCGCUUGUGGCCCUUCACUAUGCCGUCCAGAGCUUGCGCAGUGGCGAAUCCAAGGAGGCCCUGGUCGGUGGAUGCCGAUUGAACAUCCUACCUGAUUAUUUCGUUUCCAUGUCCAUGUCACAACUGUUUAACGACGACGGCAAAACAUAUGCCUUCGAAGAGCGUGCGAAAUCCGGCUUCGCGCGUGGCGAGGGUGCCGGCGUGGUCCUCCUCAAGCCUCUUUCCGCCGCCCUUCGCGAUAAAGACCCCAUUCGGGCUAUAAUUGCUAAUACCGGUGUCAACCAAGAUGGGCGAACAAAGGGUAUCACACUGCCUAACGGUCAGGCACAGGAGGACCUGAUCCGUCGCGUAUACAGUGAGGCCAACCUCAACCCGGAUGAAUGCGGGUUCGCAGAGAUGCACGGUACUGGUACCAAGGCCGGAGACCCCAUUGAGGCCACGGCCGUUCAUGCGGCCCUCGGUCAGAACCGAACAGCCAGGAACCCUCUCUACAUUGGUUCAGUCAAGUCCAAUAUUGGCCAUCUGGAAGGUGCCAGUGGUAUCGCUUCAAUUAUUAAGGCGGCUAUGAUUCUUGACAACGGACUGCUGCUGCCAAACGCCGACUUCAAGAAGCCGAACCCGAACAUCCCCCUCAAUGAAUGGAAUAUGAAGGUCGUGAACUCGACACGGCCCUGGCCGCGAGGCAAGAAAUAUAUCAGUGUCUCCAAUUACGGCUUUGGAGGUGCCAAUGCCCAUGUGGUACUGCAAAAGCCGCCGCCUCCCACUCAACCCGCCGACGACGCCGAAGCCGACGGAGACCCUAAGCGUCGACUUUUCCUGAUCUCCGCAAACGAUAAAGAUUCCCUCAAGACUAGAAUCAGCGAUUUUGGAGUUUAUUUCGAACAAAGACCGGAGGUGUUUGAGAAUUCUCUUUUCGGGAACUUUGCCUACACUUUGGGAAGCAAACUGUCUCACCUGUCCUACCGUGUUGCGGUGUCAGCCACAACACUCGAUGAGCUUGGUAUCCGUCUGGCACAGUUGAAGAGCAACCCCGUUCGGGUGCUGGGUACGCCGACCGUCUCUUGGGUCUUCACUGGUCAAGGUGCCCAGUGGGCUCAGAUGGGUAUUCCCCUCAUGGCCGACUACCCUGUGUUCAAGUCUGCUAUUGAGCGGGCCGAUGAGUGCCUUCGCGGCCUUGGAGCGGAGUUCUCGCUGCUCGAGGAGCUUCAGAAGGAUGCUGCGGAGUCCCAGAUAAACUCGCCACGCCUGAGCCAGCCGGCCUGUACCGCACUCCAGAUCGCGCUCACGGAUCUGCUGCACUCCUGGGAUAUGCGCCCUGACGCUGUGGUUGGACACAGUUCUGGUGAAAUCGGUGCGGCUUAUGCGGCCGGCAUCUAUGACCUGGAAGGAGCGAUGGCUCUUUCGUACCGCCGUGGCCAGAUGACCCAGUUGCUGAAGAAGACCUUCCCCGAUCUUCACGGUACCAUGAUUGCCAUUGGUGCUGGUCCCGAGGCCGUCACUCCGAUGUUGAAGACCCUCAGCAGCUAUGCUACUAUUGCCUGUGUCAACAGCCCUUCCAGUGUGACAGUCUCUGGUGAUGUGUCCGCCAUUGACGAGCUCGAGCCUGUUCUGCAAGAGAAGGCGCUUUUCAACCGCCGUCUCAAGAUUGAUGUGGCCUACCACUCCAACCACAUGAAGAACGUCGCCGAUGCCUAUCUUUCCGCCAUUGAGUCGAUCCAGCCCUCAUCCACCUCUACAGCCACCUUCUUCUCUUCCGUCACUGGCGAGAUUGCUCAGCCUUCCGACCUGGGUCCUGCUUACUGGGUUCAGAACUUGACUUCUUCCGUUCUGUUCUCUGAUGCCCUGGGUAAGAUGUGUGCUGACGAGGAGAGCCGUCCUAACCUGCUCAUUGAGGUUGGUCCUCACUCUGCUCUGAAGGGUCCUAUCCUGGACACCCUGAAGAACUUGGGCCCCGUGGCUUCCAAGAUUGGCUAUGCUCCUACUGUUGUUCGCAACGUCGAGCCUGCUCAGUCUGUUCUGGAUGCCGCUGGUGCCGCCUACGUCCGUGGCGCCUCUCUCAAUAUCACCGGCAUCAACUUCCCCAACAGUGGUGGUCAGAACCGAUCCUUCCUGAGAGAUCUGCCCCGCUACCCCUGGCAACACUCGACUCGCUACUGGCACGAGUCUCGCAUUGCUGACAAGCACACCAAGAGGGAUGGUGUUCGCAAUGACGUUCUCGGGGCCCAGGCCAUGUACUCAAAUGACUUGGAGCCCACAUGGCGUAACAUCGUCCGUCUUGAUGACAUCCCCUGGCUUCGGGACCACAAGAUGCAGGGCAUGAACGUGUACCCGAUGGCUGGCUACCUUGCUAUGGCUAUUGAAGCUGCCCGCCGACGUGCUGCGCAGAAGGAGAUCCCAUUCACCCAGUUCGAAUUCCGGGAGGUGUCCGUUGGGGCCGCCCUUGUCCUGACUGACGAUGCCUAUGCUGAGACUUCCAUUUCGCUCCGCCCGUACGCUGAGGGUACCCGUGGUCACUCCGACAUCUGGGAUCAAUUCCGCAUCCACUCCUGGUCUGUGAAGCGUGGUUGGACAGAGCACUGCUCGGGUAUUGUCCGGGUUCGUGCCAACAAGAAGCAGCAGACCUCCGUGUCGAAUGUUGCCGAAACCGAGGAGAAGUUCUUCCGUACUCAGACCGAAAAGGUCAAGGAAGCUGCCACUUACAGAAUCGAUGUUCAGAACAUGUACCAGGUUCUGUCAGACGUCGGAGCCGGCUACGGUGCCCCGUUCCAAGGACUCGAGAACUGCUUCUCUGACCCCCGUCACUGCUGUGCCGAUCUGUACGUCCGAGACACCAAGAGCCUGAUGCCCAAGAACUACGAGGUGCCUCUGUCCAUCCAUCCAACCUUUCUGGAUGCUCUGCUGCACCUUGUCUGGCCUAUUCUUGGAAAGGGUCGCAUGGAGCUUGAUACGCUGUACAUGCCGACUCUCAUCAAGAACUUGACCAUUAGCAACGAGAUUCCUUCCAACCCCGGAGAAUACGCCAAGGCUUGGUGUAUCGGAGGCCCCAGCCAGCCGUCUCCUGAACCGACCAAGUUCGACUUGUGGGUAACUCCUAUCCACUCGAACGAUGUUCUGAUCAACAUGGAAGGCUUGAUCAUGACUCCUCUCAAGGAGGCUGGCUCUCUUGGAUCUGGCCAAUCUCGCGAUCUCUGCUACAAGUUCGAGUGGCAGCCACUGGCUAGCCUUGAGAGCCCCGUCAAUGGCGAGGCGAAGACGCCUAACGGCCAUGCUCUAGAGCCCAAUGGCGACGCUGUGACAAACGGUGUCACCAAUGGUGCCACAAACGGAGCCCUUACUCCUCUCAGCCCCGAUGACAAGGUCACUAUCAAUGGAAACGGGAUUCUGCAUCAGACCGAUGUCUUGAUCACGCAGUUCGGCAAGUUCGACGGCAAUGCCGACAAGCUGAGCGAGGCUCUCACCAAGGAGACAACUGCUUGGCACCCGACAAUCUCCGCUCUGGAAGACAUUGAUGCUACCGAGAAGCACGUCGUUGUUCUCCAGACCGGCAACAAGUCGCUGCGCGGUCUUACCCUGGAGGUCUUUGAGAACAUUAAGAAGACUCUGCUCAGUGCUUCCCACCUGCUUUGGGUCUACCGUCUGGACAACCCUGACGCUCAGAUGAUCGUCGGCCUGAUCCGCAGUCUGCGUUCCGAGACCCUCGCCAAGGUUGCUACACUCGGACUUGAGACGGAGAACCUCGAGAAGUCAUCCACUCCCAUCCUUGCUGCCAUGAAGGCUCUUUGGCCCACCAAUGGCACGAAAGCUGUCGAUGACUUUGAGUUCAAGGCCAAUGGCUCCGAGCUUCUUGUGCCGCGUGCCAUGGAUGACACCGCUACCAACGCCUUCGUUCACAACGAAACUCACGAGUUGACCAUCUCGUCCCAGCCAUUCCAACAGCCCAGCCGUCGCUUCAAGCUGCAGAUCGGCAACCUUGGUGCACUCGACACCCUGUACUUCACUGACGAUGAGGUCCCCGAGCUGCCUGACAAUGACAUCGAGAUCGAGGUCAAGGCCACUGGUCUCAACUUCAAGGAUAUCGUCGUCACCAUGGGCCAACUGGCUCAGCCAUACAUUGGUAUCGAGUGCAGUGGUGUCGUUUCUGCCGUUGGCAAGAACGUCCAGCACCUGAAGGUCGGCCAGCGCGUCAUGGCUCUGCCACUGGGUGCCUACUCGACCUACGCCCGCUGUCCAGCUACCAGCGCCGCCAUUAUCCCCGACAACAUGUCAUUCGAGGUUGCCGCGACCGUCCCCGUCGUCUUCGCGACUGCCUACUACGCACUCUUCGACCUCGGCCGACUGCAAGAGGACGAGCGAAUCCUAAUCCACGCCGGUGCCGGUGGUGUUGGACAGGCCGCCAUCAUGCUGGCGCAGAUGAUCGGAGCAGAGAUAUUCGUCACUGUCGGCAGCGUCGAGAAGAAACAGUUCCUCAUGACCCAAUACGGUAUUCCGGAGGACCACAUCCUCUACAGCCGUGAUAUAUCUUUCGGUCGUGGUAUCAAGCGAGCCACGAACGGCGAGGGUGUGGAUGUGGUGGUCAACUCUCUGGCGGGUGACCUGCUCCGCGAGACCUGGGAGUGCCUUGCUCCGUUCGGUCGCUUCGUUGAGAUUGGUAAGGCUGAUAUCACGAAGAACACCCGUCUGGACAUGCUGCCAUUCGAGUACAACGUCUCCUUCUCCUCGGUCGAUCUGACCAAGGUUGCGGCCCGCAAGCCUAAGCUCAUGAAGCGUCUUCUGGAAGACGUUACUGGGCUUAUGGGUAAGGGUGCUGUUAACCCUAUCUUGCCUGUUACUAUGUACCGCAUCUCUGAACUGGAGACUGCUUUCCGUACUCUGCAGACUGGUAAGGCGAUGGGUAAGAUCGUUGUUGUUCCUCACCCCGAGGACCAAGUCAAGGUAUUUUUUCUUCCACAUUGUCUUUUUGUUCUAAGAUCGGUGAUCACUGACUUUUCUAGGCUGUCGCAUCCAAGACCGGAUCUCACAUUCUGA